UCCCCGGGGCCCUCCGGGACGGCUGUGUGGUCAACGCGCAAACGACGCCAACGUGGCACCAACCAAUCAUUUCCUACCCUACAGAUACCGCCAGCCGAUGAGCAGGCGUUCACCUUUCCACUCAUUUUGCCCGAACAGUGCUGUGCACGCGCCACUGACAUCUUUGCUCUGGGAACGAUCAUUUACGAGAUCUUCUCGGGUGCUUACCCUAUGCCCGCCACCUCUGCCUCCCAGUACGCGACCUACAUUAUCCAUGGACAUCGAGCCGAUCUCACGACUCUGAAGGUACCGCCAACUAUUCAGGAACUUAUUUCGGCCUGCUGGUCGCAUGAACCCACCCAUCGUCCGGCCAUCUCUGAAAUCUGUAUUGAUCUGAUGCAUCGGGGUGCCCCUCAAAGCGAGCAUGCUUUCGCCGACGUCUGCCGAGUUAGCGGUUGUGCCAGUCUCCCUACCCUCAAUGCCUAG